AUGAACUAUAGCUUGUUGAAAAAGAAAUUAAUUGAAAACUUUAAUGAUGUAAAUAAUAAAGUAUGUAAUUAUGAGGUUGAAAAAAAAAAAAAAAUCGAUUUAUCUUUGUCUAUGGAAAGAAACUUGAAUAAGGUUUCAGAUUUGGAAAAAAUAAAUAAGAAUAAUAAUGAAUAUAUGAAAAAAAAGAAUGAGAUAAAUGUUUUGAACGAAAUUAAUGAUAUAUUAAGUUUGAAUAAUUUGGAAAAAGAAUCAACUAACACAAUAAUAAAGAGUGUUAAAAGUAGUGUAGGCAUAAAUAAUUUUAAUAAAUAUGAAGGUUCUCAAAAAAUAAAAAAAUUGGGAACACCUUUGUCUACAACCAUUCCUGAUAACUUUAUUAACAAUAAUAAUAAUAAAUUGGUUGAUGAAAAAAAAAAAAAAAAUAGUAAUAAUGAAGAAGUGAUAUUUAAAGAGAACUUAGACAUUGUAGAAUCCAGUUUUAGUGCUGUCAAUAAAUGGAGGAAUCACAUUGAUUUAAUCGAAUUUGUAAAAAAUAAUCUAAAGAAUAAUGAGUUCAUAUAUGUCAAAAGCCAAGACGGGCAGUACGAGAAAGUAAGUUGCCAUAGGAAAAAGGAGGUGAAUGUAAUUUCGAUCUCUCUAAAUGGUGUACUGAUAAAUGAAAAAAAUGAGACAAGCUUUUAUGAGUUAAGUGAAUGGAAAAAUUAUGUAACAAUGUUAAAUAAUGCGAUGAGAUUAAAUUUUAUAAAAAAGUUUAAAUUAUAUAAAUAUUAUUUUUUAUUAAAGAAUAUAAUAAAAUAUAAUAAAUUUAAAAAAAGAAAAGAAUAUAUAAAAGAAAAUUUAAUUUUUUUAAAUGAACAAAUGUUGAAAGGACUUAUAGAAAUAAAUUCAAUUUUAAAUGAAUUGAAUGAAUAUAAAUUAUUAGACAUAAAUAUAAAUAAUAUGAGUAUAGAACAAUUUGAAGAAUUACAAAAUGAGCAUAUUUAUAGAUUUUAUAUUUUUAUAACUGAUAAAGUAAAACAGAUUAUUGCAAUUAUAUGUGAAUAUUGUCGUAAAGCUCUUAAUCAAUUUUUGAAAGAUAAUAAAAUUGAUGAAAAUGAUUCGGUUGUAGUUAAUAAUGUAAAUGUAUCUAAAAAGGGUGUAAAAAACCAAGGUACUAUAAAAAGAGGAAGAUAUAUUAAUAAAAAAAAUGAAAUAAAUAAAAUGGAAUACAACCAAAGUAAUGUUAGUAAAAACAUAUAUAUAUAUUACAACAAAAUUGCUUUAAAUCAUUGUUACUCAUUUUAUAUUAAGAAAUUUAUACAAGUAUGUCAAUAUUUAUGUGAUAAUAUAUUAAGAAAUAUGGUUAUACAGACAUAUGAAUAUUUCCUUACCAUUUUGAAUAACUAUUUUGUUUUAAUACCUGACAAGAUAGAUGUGAAAAAAUCUAGUGAAAUAUUUAUGGGAAAUGGCUUACAACUUUAUGAUAAUCCAAGUAAAGAAAUGAUAAAUAAAGAAAAGGAAAAAGAUGGUAGUUGCAUAGCAAACAUUAAUGGGUAUAAACCAAAAAAUGAUAUACACCUUUUUAAUGUUGUCUUAACGAUUGAAGAAGGGAAAUUGAAAAUAUUUCCAGAUUGUGAUUUACUUAUUACAACAGUUGAACAUUAUAUAGAUGCAAGUAUUGAUAUAAUAAAUAAAAGAGAAAAUUUUAUUAAUCAUUUUAAAAUAAAAAACUUGUUUAAGAAUGAAAUAUAUGUUGAUGACAUUAUAUUUAAAAAUCGAAAAGUUGAUAUUUGUGGAGAAGGGAAAAAAGGAAAUGAAAAAGAAGAAAUUUUUGAUGUUGAAAGUGAUAUAAGAAUUCAAAAAAUGAAAAUUGAAUUAAAAGAAAAAUUAAAGAGUGUCUAUAAUUCAAUGGUAGAUUCAUGUAAUGAAUUUAAUAAUAUAAUUUGUUUACAUAAUAAAUAUAAAAAUAUAAAAGUUGAAAAUAUAGACAUUAUGGAUGUUAGUUAUAUAUAUGGAUUGUUUGAAAAUCUUAAAGAAUUAGAAAAUAAAAUAAAAAAAAUUAAUAAAGAAGUUAAUAUUAAUAUAUUUAAAGUGAAUAAUAAUAUAUUGAUAGAUUACUUAUUAAAAGGUAUAAAUACAAAAUGGAGAGAACUUAUAAAUUAUUUACCAUCUCUAAACAAAACAACAAUAAGUAAUUUAAUUCUUAAACUAGAUGAAGCAUAUAAUCAUAUAAAUAAAACACCAACAAAUUUAUCUGAACUAGUAAAAUAUAUAAAUUUUACAAACAAUUUUAAUAAUGAUUUAUUAAAUAUUGAAGAAUCAGUUGAAUCUAUUUCAUCUUUAUUUUUGUUAUUCAAAAAGCAUUAUAUAAAUAUUAGUGGAAGUUAUACUACUAAACUAUUUCAUAUAAAACAAAAAAUCAAUUCUUUAAAAACUAUUUUACAUUCAGAUCCAAAUUAUGAAAUUCAGUUUAACUCUCAGUUUAAGGACUUGGUGUAUGAGAUAAAUAUUGUUGAAAAAAAAAUACAAAAUUUUAUAAAUAUUAUAAAAAAUGAUACAUUUAAAUUCUCUUUAGAGUAUUCUGUAGAUGCAAUGGAGUCUGCACUUAAGUUGGUGACUCCAAUCGAGCAGGUGGAGGAAGUCUAUUUCAAUAAAGAGAGCAGCAAUGAGGAUGUAAACAAGACAAAAAACAUAGAUGAGGAUGUAAACAAGACAGAGAGCAUAGAUGACACAAACCAAGCAGAUUCAUUGGUACCGCCUUUUCUACUUUGUGGAAAUAACGAGAUUUCUGUGAGCGACGAGGCGAAGAAAGGAUGUUACAUCUUUGCAUUGCUGGAAUUUGUAAGAAUAAACAUAUUAGAAAUAAAAAAGGAUGUUGAAAAAUAUAUAUAUUAUCAAAAAAUAUUAAAAACAAAAAAGAAUGAAUUUGUAAAUUUUAGUUUAUUAAAAAAUAUAUUUAUAAAUACAAGUCUAACUGUAUAUACAUAUUUUAUGUAUAUAUGUUUUGAUGAAAAAUAUAAAUUAACAAAGAUUGUAAAAUUAGAUGUAGACAAGUUAGAAAAAGAAAUAAGUAAUAUAAAUGUGCACUUUAAAAAGAUGAAUAAAAAUUUUAUAGAUAUAAAAAUAUAUAAUGAAUGUAAUAAGUUUUAUACAAAAUAUGAAAACGUAUUUAAAAUUUUAAAAAUGUUAAAUUUAAUUUAUAAAAAUAAAAAACAUUUUGAAAUCCUAAUUGAUAUAAUUAAUAGUUCAGAUUCGUUUCAAAAUGUAGACACAAAAACGGAUGAAGAAAAUUGUGAUAGUGAAGAAAUAAAGAAAGUCAUUCCUUACGAGUAUAAUGAAAUAAUAUUAAAAAAUUUAUUGUCUUUGGAUUAUUCAAAAAAUAUAUCAAAAGUUGAAAAUGUUUUUAUAGAAUAUGAGAAAGAAGAACAGAUAAAUAAAGAUAUGGAUAUAAUUAAGAUUGAAUUAAAAAAACAUAAACUAGAUGUAAGUUUAAUGAAUAAAAAGGUUUAUUAUAUAAAUAAUAUUGACUACAUAUUAACAGAACUAAGACAAAUUUUAAAUAAAUUAUUAUUGCUUGGGAAUAAUCAUUCGAGUAGGCACAUAUAUACAGUAGUGUAUAAUCUGUCUGAAAACAUUUUAAACUUUACAAAUAUUCUUAGUCUUGUAAAAAAAAUACAAAACUGUUAUAAACAUAUAGAUAAAUAUAAACAAAAUGAAAUAAAAAAUGUUACAAAUUUAGAUGUAUUUAUUAGCACUAUUAGUAGUUAUAAAAAUAUUUGCGAAGAUUUUUUUAUAUAUCCUCAAGUUAGUAAACAUAUAAAGAAGGAGUAUGAUGUUUGUUAUUUUAGAUCUGUUCUUGAAGAGUUUGAAAAAAUAAAAGUUGAUGUUGAAAAAUAUAUAUUAGAAAAGAAAAGACAAUUUCCUAUUUUUUAUUUAUUACAAGAUAAAGAUCUUUUAAAUGUUUAUUCAAACAUUAAUAAUUUAAAAAAUAUAAAUAUAUUUAUAAAAAAAUUAUUUCCACAAUUUAAAAAAGUUAUAAUUCAAAAUGAAUCAGUAUGUGGUAUGUUAAGUAUUGAUGGAGAGCAAAUAAUAUUUAAAGAAAAUAUUAAAUUUAAAAAGUUAGAUUUUUUAUUGAAUGAAAUUGGAAUAGAAAUAAAAAAUUAUGUUUUACAAAAUAUAUUAACACAUGUUAAUAAUAAAAAGUUUUUUAUACAACUAUCUGAAGAAACUUAUUUAUAUUUUAUAAGUAUUAAUAAUUUACAAUUAUUAUAUAUCUUACUAUCUAUAUAUUUUACAUUUAUUUUUGAUCAUUUUGUUGAAAGUUCAAGUGAAGAAAGAAAAAACAUAAUUUAUUUAUUAUCGAAGAAUAUAAAUAAGAUUGCAAGUAUGUCUAUAGAAUGUCGUGUAUCUCCUGAAAUGCUAAAGAAUUGUGCAAAAAGCUAUCCUAAUAAUAUUUUAUUUUUACUUUGCUUUUUUAUACACAUCAAAGAUAGAUUUAAUUUGUUUAGAAUUGGUGAGAAUGGAAAUAUGAUGGGUCAUUCAUUUGAAUAUUUAAAAAGUGUUAAGCAUUAUGUUAAAGAUUCAAAUUAUUAUAUAACCCAGUUUAAUAAUAAGAUAAAAUAUACAUACGAGUUUUUAGACAAUUUUAAUUAUACUUUAGAUUUAAUAUAUGAAUGGGAAAGUUAUGGUUUUUUUUUACAAAAUUAUAUAAAUAAUAAUCUAAUUAUGUUAUCACAAAAUAGUAAUAAUAAAUUUAUAAAUACUAGUAAGAAUUUUUCUGUUUUACUAGGAUAUAAUUAUGUUUUUAUAAAUAAUGUAAAUCUGAAAAGGGAUAAAAUAUAUAACUAUAUAGCUUGUAGUCUUUUUUCAAAUAUUUCUUUUUAUUUUUUUAAUGCCAAUGGAUUUAAAGAAGAUAUUAUUCAAAUUUUUAAAACACAAUUUUCAAAAAUUAAUAAUUAUUUAAAGAGUGCAAAAAAAUUUAUAAAUAUAAAUAAUCAUGAAUAUACUUUAAAUAAAAAGCCACUUAUAUUUAUUUCACUUCAAAAAAAUAUAUUACCUUUGUCUAAUUUAAAUACAAAAAAUGAUAAUUGCCAGUUUGAUGAUUUAUGUUAUCAGUUUUCUUUUCAUAAGCCUUUUAAAAAGUUAUCUAUUUCUUUUUUAUUUUUUAUAUUUUUUUCAAAUGGAUUUAAGAAAUGCUAUCAUUUGGCAGUAGCCACGUAUCGGCUUUUUGAUUACCUACUACAGCACGAGGAGCUAAAAAGAUGGAUUUUCGAAGGACGGAUUGGGAACUUACUAAAAGAAUCUGUAGCAACAUCUGAAAAAACGGAGUAUAGUUUUUUCAUGCAUGUAAUAAAUUAUGUUUCAAACUUUUUAGAUGCAAACAAAUUAAAGGAAAUAGUUUCCAGCAUCUGUCUUAUAUAUAAAAUUCCAAUGAUAAAACAAAAAGUUUUAUAUAAAUAUGCAUCUAAAAUAGUGACAGGUAGCGAAGAUGAAGAAACCGAAAUAGAAGAUAAUACAGAUUCGUUCUGUAUAGAACCCGUUCCAAAUUUAGAACAAUCAAGAGAAAACCAAAUUAAAGAAAUUAUUAAAAAUAUGGAGAAAGAAAAAAAAAUAAUAUUUUUAAAAUAUCAGGUUGUUAAAGCAGUUGAACUUUUUGAUAUUAUAAGUCAGAAUAUGAAAAUGAAUUUAAAAAAAGAAGAAGGAAAAGAUUUAAAUAGUUUAGAUGUAGGGACAGAAAAUAAAAUAACAAAUAUUAUAAUAAAUGGAAAAGAAUAUUCAGGAAUUAGUACAAUCAUAUAUAUUCUACACAAUCUAUUAGUAAACAUAGCAUAUGAAGAAUGUUUAGUAGAAAAAAUUAAUUUAAAAUAUUGUUCCGAAGAUGAUGUUUUAAAAUUUUCUUUGAGAAACAGUAAUUCAUUUGUAUUAGAAAAGAAAAAUGAACUAGCUAAGGAAAUUAAUUCAUCUCAAAAAUAUAAUUUAUUAUAUUCAAAGUUUGAAAAAAAAAGUGGAUAUAAUAACAUGAACGAAACAAAAUUAGACAUACAAAAUAGUGGUGAUGUUAAAGAUGAUAAAAGAAGUAAGAAAAUUUUUGUAAAAUAUAUAAAGGUUGAUGAAAUGAAAUAUAUUGAAAAAAUAAUAAAUUAUACAUGUUUGGAAAAUAAUAAAAUGUAUAUUGAAAUAAAUAAAGAAAAUUAUGAAUUUAAUAAUAUUUGUUUUAUUUAUAAGUCUGAAAAUCUUAGUAAAAUAAAUCCUUAUUUUUUUAAAACAUUCCAUUAUAUUCAUGUAAAACAUGCAGUACCUUAUAUUCCUUUCCUUACUUUUUGUGUUGAAAAUCUAAAAAUAUAUAAAUCAGCACAAAACAAAAUUAUUAGACACUUUGAAGAUUUAGUAAUAGAAACUGUAAAAUUUUUUAAACAAGAAAAGGGAAUGAAUGUAAAUCGGUUUGAAACACAAUAUGGAGAUAAAGAGAAAAAAGAAAAUGAUAAGCUUGUUCAUUCAUCUAUUGAUGAAAACGGGAAAGAAACAAUAAAUAGACAAAUUGAUAUAACAGAAAGUUUAAAUAAUAAUAGUAUAGAGUCUCAAAUAAAAGAUAACCAAAAUAAUGAAACAAAAAAUUUGGAAGAAGAAUGUGUAUUUGAAACUGAUGAAGAAAUAUUUGAAUUUUCAAAAUUCAAUGAAGGUUAUGUUUCUAUACAUAUAAAUACAUUGAUAUGUACAUUCAUAAAAUUUAUAGAUUAUUUUUUAAAAUUAUUAGUUGAAAAAAAAAAAAAUAUAGGAAAUAAAAAACUUAUAGAUACACAUUUGAAUAAUAUAAUAACAAUAAGUUUUAUUUAUACUUUUACGACAUUUAUGGAAAAAGAGGAAAGAGAAAAAUAUGAAAAUUAUAUUAUUAAAUAUAUAAACAAUAUAUCAAUAAUACCUAAAAGUACAUCCUUUACACAUAUAUACUAUAAUAUUGAAAGUAACAAAAUUUUAAAAAAAGAGAAAAUUUAUAAAAAUGAAAAAAUAUGUUUAAAUAAAAAUACACUUAUGAGCAAUACAAUUGCAGAUAAGAAUUAUUUUUUUUUAUUUGAAGAUUUAAAUAUAUUAUCUAUAAAAAAUUUUAUUAAAAUUUCAACAAAUAUGUCUAUUCCUUUUAUUAUUAUUGGUGGUUCUAGUUCAGGAAAAUCUUUAUGUAUUUAUAAUUUUUUAAAUUCAUAUAUUAAAAAGAAUAAAACUACUCAACAAAAUAUUUACAACUUUAUAUUUAGAUUUAAUCAUUCCUUUAAGUAUACAAAUAUUAUUUAUAAAUUGCGAAAAAAUUUUAACCUGUCUACUAGUCAAAUCAAAGAGGAUGUUACAAUAUUUUUAGACGACAUUAAUUGUUUAAGUGGUGAUCGUGUGCAUUCCUCUUUCGAAUUCUUCCAUCAGUUGAUAAACCAGCAGGAAUACUUUGAUGUAGAAGAAAACAAACAUGUGUCUUUUUCUAACUGUAAAAUACUCGGAACAUUGAACCCUGAAUAUUCAGAACUGUUGGGAAAGAAAAAUAUAGCUUUAUCAAAAAUUUAUAGAAAUUUUUUUAUUUUAAAUAUCUCAUCACUUACUCCAAAGAAUAUACACUCUCUUUACUUUAACAUAAUAGAGUACAUCUUCCUGAAAUAUAACUUUUGCGAGGACAUGAUAAAUGAGUGCCAGAACUUCAUCGGUUGCAUUUUGGAAACAUUCGAGAGUAUUAUGUUGAAAAAGGAAAAUACAGAUUUAAGUUUACACACAAACAUGAUAAAUAACAUAAUAAAUUAUUUAUUAAUAUAUGAUAAAGAAAGUUUUAGCAAUAUGAAUGAAAUUGGGUAUUUCUUUUUAAAUGAUAUGAUUCGAAUAUUUUGUAGUGAUGUCAUUUUUUAUGAAAAAAAUAUAGAAUAUAAAAAUAUAAUAAAAAAAAAUUUUGAAAAAUAUUUUCAAAAAUAUAUAACAAAUGAUAAAUAUCCAUUAAAUGUGAAUAUUCGAAAUAAUAUGAUUUAUGUUGAGAAGGAAGAAGAAAAUAUAAAUCCAAAUUUAGACAUAAAUUAUUUAAAAACCUUUUUCCCAGUUUCAAAAUAUGAACAUUUUGAUAUAUUUUAUAGUGAUAUAUUAAAUUUUAUAAAAAUAAUAAAUACAUAUCUUAUAUUUAGACAAAGUAAUAUAAUUUUUUUAAAUAGCCAAAACAAAUUGUUAGAAAAAAUAGUUUCUAUUUAUUGCUAUUAUAAAAAUUGUGAGUCUGUAUUUAUAAGAUGGGAUGAUAAUGAAAUGAAAAAGAAGAUUCGUGAAAGUUAUACUAAAACAAUUGAAAAACUUUCAAAAAUAAAUGAAAUAAAUUCAGAUGCGUCUAUUAAUAAUGACCUUAUUCAUAACAGAACAGUAUUUUUUGGAAAGCUCGAAUUUGAUGAGGAGUAUUUAAAUUUUGUUGAUUUAACAUUAUAUAAUUGUAACUUAGAUAAUUUAUAUGAUAAUUUUAUAAAUGAACAUUAUCUAUAUAUAAUAAAUAUGUUGAAACAUAAAGAGAAAGAUGCUGAAGGGAAUUUAGAAAAUUUUGUAAUAUCUAAAUUAUUAGAUUCUAAUCAUUAUUUAUUUUAUGCUAACAAUUUUGAUUCAUUUAAAAAUACUUAUUUUUAUAAAUAUAGAAAUAUAUUUAAAAAAUGUUAUUUAGUUCAUUUAAAUUUUUAUAAAUUUUCUGAAAAAGUUAUAUUCUCUUUUAAUUUAUCGAUGCCUAUAUAUAAUUAUGUAAACAGAAAGACAAUCCAAUCUCUCAUUUCAAACUUGAAAGAUGUUGAGAAUAGGGAGCUUUGUUUUAUAUCCUAUUUAUCUAGCUCUAUAAAUAAAAUGCUAAUCAUGUUAGACAAUAAAAAAGACAUUCCCAAGAUUAAUCAUUAUCGAGAAAAUGCUGUUGAAGAUACAUAUAAAAUAUAUGAAUAUUUAAACAAAACAGAACUGAAUGUGUUGGUAGAAAAAAAGAAAGAAAUAAAAAACAUCAUUGAAUCGGUGCAGUUUGAUAGUAACACAUCUGAAAGCGACAAGGUGAAGGAAAAAAUAAAAAACAUAAAAGAUGAAAUAGCUACAUAUCGAAAUAAAAUUAGAACAAUAAAAAGAGACAUCAAACAAUCAAUGACAAAAUAUCAGAAUAACAUAGUGGAAGCUAAAAACAAAUUAAAUGAUAUAAAGGAAGAAGAUUUUGAAUAUUUUAAACAUAAAAAUAAAAAUAAUUAUAUGGGAUAUUUAAAAAUAUUAUAUUUAUAUAUAAACAAAAAAAAUGAUAAAACUUAUAUUCAAGAUACAUUUUCUUAUCAUUAUAUUAUGAAGUAUAUAAAAAAGAUUGAUGAAAACCAAAUUAAUAAAAGUUUAAUCUUAAAAUAUGAAAAUAUUUCAAAUGUUCAGAAUUUUUUAAAUUAUAAAUUUGUUUAUAUUAUUCAUCUUUUUAUUAUAUCUAUGAAUGAUUAUAUUAAAAAAUGUGAAUCUCUAAAAUUAGAAAAUGAAUCUAUAAAAAGUUUGGAGUCUAAAAUAUCUCUUUUGGAUAAUCAGAUUAUGGAAAUCUGUUUAGGUUGUGUAACAUCUAAAGUCGUAUCAAGUUUACUAGCACACCUUCUUUCUUUAUAUUCGGAAGUAAAAUUGCAAAUAAAACAGACAAGAAAAGAAUUAGUCAUGAAAUCAAUACACUUUGGAUAUUGCUGUGGAUUUAAUGAUAAAGAAAAAAGAACAUUUUUUAAACUUUUAAUCGAUAAGAAAUGCAUGUAUGAAAGAAAUUCGAGUGAUGGUGAUGUGCCAGAUGAAGUUCCAGGUGAAGUACCAGGUGAAAUGGACAGCACUAUAAACAAAGCAGAAGAGAAGUUAAAACAUUUGAUGAACUACAAAAAUUUUAUUAACAUUGCAUUUUUAAAAAUGUAUAAAAAAAUGAAUUUAUGUAAUGACAAUAUGAUAAUAUAUACUUGCCAUAUGUUAGAAAUAAUUAAAAAAAAAAUAAACAUUUGUGUAGACCCAUUUUAUCAAAUAAAAAAAUAUUUUUUAAAAAAAAUCAAAGAAAGUGAAAAAAAAUAUGUAUAUAUAAAAUAUUAUAACAUAAGUAAAAUGUCUAUUCAAUCAUAUAAUCAAGAUGAUGAAUGUAAAGAAGUUGAAAAGGGUGUUAGUGAAAAUUUUAUGGAAAAAAUUAGUCAUUAUGUAGAAAAUAAUUAUGUUAUCAUAUUUAAAGGAUUAGAUGCAGAGCUUUUACAAAUGCUAAGCAAAAAAUGUAAAAAAUCUUUUGUAGAGAAUAUUUACAUUUUUGUUAGCAUUAUUGAGGAAGAAGAAUAUAUUAAAACGUUUUUAGAGAAUGAUAAAAAUAUUCUUUAUGUAUAUUGUGACUAUAAAAAAAAUAAUGUCCUAAACCUGUUCUCAUAUUAUUAUCAAAAAUGUCGAGGAAUUCCUGAUGACGUGAAAAUUGUGUCUAUCGAAAAGGAAAACCAUCUUAAAGAGGUAACUAAUUUAGCGACACGGUUCUUAGACAAAGAAAUCAGUGAGGAGGAGCUAAAGAAAGAGCUAGAAAAUAUUGGGAAAUCUGAAAAAUCAAAAGAAAGGGAUGAAAAACAGUUUGAAGAAAGAAACUUUUUAUUAAUUUAUACAUUUUAUGUUUUGGUGGAAACAUUAAAAAUAGUUAGCAAAAAUAUGAACUUUAUAUGUCAUCGAAAAUUUAUAAAAAUAGUUAAAUCAUGUUUUGAAGAAAUUGAUAUAAAGAAUAAGAGAAGUUACAAUGAUAUUUUAAAUUAUAUGUAUUUUCAUAUAGUACCAAUUUUAAAAAAAAGAGAUUUAUUUAUUUUCAACUUUUUGUUAAGUAUAUAUAUAGACAUAUUUGUUUAUAGAUUUAUUAAAUGGACAGAUCUAUUCCUUUUUUUUAGAAAUUAUAGAAAUAAAAAUUAUGAAAAAAAUAUUGAAUAUAUUUAUAAAAAUGAUGAAAAGUUUUUUGAAGAAUUUAAAAAAGAUGAAAAAUAUAUAUUUACAAAUAUAUUAGAAACGAAUAGCAAUUUUUAUAGAAAAAUAAAGGGCAAUGAUUUUGAAAUGUUUUAUAAUACUUCAUCAAAUUUAAACAACAUUUAUGAUGAGAACUAUCAGUUGAUUGAUAACAAAUUAGACGGACUAGUGGAUGAAGAGAAAUUCGAAGGAAGUUCUCAAAAUGAGGAAGUUAAAGAGAAUGAUGAAAUGGUGGAGCCUUUAAAUCGAAUACAAACCUUAUCAUCAAACUUAAAUAAAUCUUAUACACUAUUAUACAUAAAAAAAAGAAAACUAAAAGGAAAAUUACAUAAUAAAUAUUUUGAUGAGGAUAAGGAAGUAGAUAGGGGAAAUAAAUCAGAAGGGGUUCUUCAAAUGUAUAAUGAAUAUAAUGAUGAAGAUGUUUAUACAAUCUUAGAAAAAGAAAAGGAAAAUAAAAUGAGUAUAAUUUAUUAUAUUAAAGAAUUAGAAGAAUUAGUUAGUUCGAAAAAAAAAAUAUAUAGAAAUAUUUUACGUAAUAUAUAUGAAUAUCCAUACAAAUGGAAUGAAUAUAUAUGUCCAGAAAAUUUAAAAAAAGAGAUAGAAUUUCCAAUAAAAGAAUUUAAUGAACCAUCCAUGUAUUUUUAUAAAUUAUCUAUCGAUAAAAUUAUAAAAAAAGAUUCCAUAGAUAUGCUUAUUAAAGAGUAUAUAUUUAGUAAAUUAUCAGGUCUUAUAUAUAAAGACAAAAAAAUGGUAUACAACAAUUUCUACAACUUUUUUAGACACCAUAUUAUUAGUUCAUCUGAAUAUGGAAGUGAUAUAAUAGAAGGUUCAAAUAAAAAUAUAAAUGACAAUCUAUACUUUUUUGAUGUUUUAAAAAAACAGAAUUACAUUAUUUUUCUUUUGGAAAAGAAUAUUUACAGUAAUGUUAUACUAAAUAUGUUGUUAAAAUGUAGUAGGUCAUUAUUUUUAGAUUUUAAACAUGUAGAAAAUAUAUCGAAAAAAAUAAGUAACAUUAUUGUGGCAGAUAUAUAUACUGUAUCGGAAGUACUAGCAUGUGAAAGCUUUAUAGAAAAUGUUCUUAAAAAUGAAGAAAAACAAAAUACAGGGCAAAAAGUUUUCAUCAUAUUUUAUAACAACAUAAAUAUAUUAACAGAAAAAUUGAUUAAUAUGUCGUUUGGUAUUACUCUAGAUUUUAGUUUUGAAUCCUUUGAUUUUUUAAAUUAUAUUAACUUCGUAUUUGAUCUUGUUGAAAUAUAUAAAUUACCUGUAUGCUCUAAUCAUAUAUAUUCAAAGCAUUUAUUUUUAUCGAUUUUAUUUUUUAUUUUAAUUAAUGAGUAUGCAUAUUUAGAAAAUAUGAAUAUAAGUUUUGAUAUUAUAAAUGAGAUUAUUUUAUUAGUAAAAUUAUUUAGCAAUUUAAAAGAUGGAUUGAAAAAUGGUGAGACAGAAAAAAUGGAACUUAUUGUAGUAAACGAAGAAAAUUUAAUUUGCUCUGGAUCUGAAAACCGAAAUGAAAGGGAUGAAUCAGAUAGAUGUAGAACCUUUUUUUUAAACUAUUUUAAAAACUUUCUUGAUCGUCUAUUUUCAGAAAAAGAUAUAUUAAUAAAGAAUAUGAUUGAAUCAUUUUUAUACAAUCUUUUUAGCUUACCAAAUAAAAAUGUUUUAUGUAAUAAUGAUAAUAUUUUAAAACAAAUUCCUACUAACCUUAUAACACUAAAAGAGAUGAUAAGAUAUGUUUUAGACAAUAUCGAUAUAUUUGAAAAUGUUGUCCAAAAAAACAAAGUUGCUAAUAUUUAUAAAAUGGCUUAUAAUAUAAAAUUGAUGGAAAAAAUAUUUAUUUCAAAAUAUUGUAUUACUAAUAUAUAUAAAAAAACAUUAAUUUUUAAUAUUAUCCUAUUAUCUUUUGACCAUUUUUCUUCUUUUUAUUUUGUAAAUCAACCCCUAAAUAGUACACCACAACUCAAUUAUCUGAUCCAAGAAUACAACAUGAUUUUAUCUCGUGUUUAUGAAAUAAAAAAAGAAAUUCAAUAUUAUUUAAGCACAUCAAAAUUGUCUAAAAUAUCAAAUGAAUAUUCAGCUAAAAUGGAAAGAAGUUUGCUUCGAUACAAAGUACCAUGGAAAUGGCGUCAUUUUUCAGACGGAGAAAAAUGCCUAUAUAAAUUCUUUGAGGAACUUAAAAGGAAAUUAAAUUAUAUUAAAGAACUUAUAAGGAAAGAACAAAAGGGUGAACGAAAUAUUUACAACAUAUCAAUGUUUACUAACCCAAUGAUGUUUUUUUAUUCAGUUUAUUUUACACAUGCAAAUAAUAUGAAUACUAAUAUUAGUGAGCUAAGUGUUUCCCUCAAAUUUUCCGAGAAAGUUAACGAAAACGAGCGAGGUGUUUGGAUAGCACCAAUUAAGAUAUACAAAAGUUUAUUUGUAAAAGGAUGUGAGAAGAUUAUGCAUCAAAAAAUACACAAUAAAAAUGAUAUUUAUUUUAAAAUUCAAAAUGAAGAAAACAAAUGGGAAGAUACAAAACUGGCUAAUAUAGAGAAAGAUCAUUCAGACAAUAAUUUGAGUAAACCAGAAGAAAAAGAUGAAAGUUCUAUUCAAAAGGAUAAUAACCCAAAUAUAGAAAAUUUAAAUGAAAAAACAUUUAGUGAAAGUACAAUAAAUAUGCGUUAUUCAAAUAGCUAUAUGGCAUAUGCAAGGAAAAAGGAUAAAAGUUUUUAUUAUGACUCACCAUAUAUACUAAUAAAAAUUAAAAAGAAAAAAGAGGGUAUAGAAAAUAAAAAAAAUAUUGAACAUGAUAAGAUUAGAGAAGACUAUGAAAAUUAUGAAGACACAGAAACAAUUAAAGAUGAUGAAUCAAAUUCGAGUAAAAACAUUAUAGAUAAUUCAAUUAAUAUGGAAAAUAUUUCAAGUCAAUUUUUUGAUUUAUUUGAAAAUAAAGACAAAUCUGAUGAUAAUGAAUUUAUUUAUUACUGUCCUAUUAUGAAGUCUAACCCGUACAUACAAAAAGGUACCGAAAAAAUAUGUAGUAAAAGGAUGUAUGCAUAUUAA